AUGGCCGGCGUCGUAUGGCACUAUGUCCUUAAAUUCAUCAUCACAGGCGAUGCCGCAGUGGGAAAGUCCUCGCUGCUCGUGCGCCUCACCGACCAGCGAUUCCUCAUGAACCCCGACCCAACACUAGGAGUGGAAUUCGGCUCGAAGCUGAUCACGAUCCCGGAGGAGAAUAAGGUCGUCAAACUGCAAUGCUGGGACACGGCAGGCACGGAGUCGUUCAGGUCCAUCACGCGGUCGUACUACCGCGGCGCUGCGGGCUGUCUGCUCGUGUACGACGUCACCUCGCGGCAAAGUUUCGUGAACGCCCGCUCGUGGCUCGCGGACGUGCGGGAGCACGCGGACCCACAUCUCACCUGCAUCCUCGUCGGUAACAAGAUCGACUUGUGUGCGGAAGACGCGCCCUCGGGGCCGGGGAGGCGUUCGCGGGAAGUGCCCACGGAGGAGGCGGAGCUCUGGGCGAAGGAGGAGGGUCUGCUCUUCGUGGAGGCCAGUGCGAAAUCGGGCCAGAACGUCGAGGCGGCGUUUGAGCAGGCGACAAGGGACAUUCUAGACAAGAUAAAGCGGGGCGUUUUCGACGACGAUAGACCAGGUGUAAAGCUAUCACGGCCUUCGAAUACUGACCUGACUCUGGACUCUGACGCGACGCAGUCUCGCUGUUGUUGA